GGUAGACCUAUGGGUUUAAACGUUUUUGCAAACGACUCAUUCAACAAAACAGCGGACCCCUCAUAGCUAGUGCACACUUUUAAACCGGAUUAGUCAGAGCCCUGCUUAUUCAUUCCAGCCAGGUAGAGCAGCAGUAACCAUUGACGUUUUACGUAUCAGACGUGGUUUUGUAUUUGUGCAGUUCUUCAGCGAGCGAUUAGAGCAGAUUGGUUCGGUUUGAGCAGCAUUAACUGCGGGUGCUUUUGCAACUGCAGUACAUCGAAGGUUUACCUCUGCAAUGUCAGAUCUGCAAGAGACUCUGGAUUAGGGAAAGGCAUUUUUUUCGGCACCAAUUUCAUAUUUUUUGCAUCAUUACAACAGGAAUUCAACAAAACUGCCACGGUCUAAAAUUAUAUUUAAAAAAAGGGUUCCGAAGACUGAAUGAAAUCGCCCAGUCGUCGCCAUCAGAAUCUGUGGUAGUUACAAAGGUACAGUGUGUUGUUUUUACCUCAAGUAAAACACUGUAGCCAUUUGGUGCAAGCAGAAGGAACGGCUGGAGUAAUGGCUACUCUUUUAAGAAAAAUAGGUCUGAUUCGACUUCACGACCGAGACACCGAGGAUCCUAAGCAUCACCAGGGCUCGUUCAAAGGCAGCAAAAGCAACCAGAAAAACAACACUAAGCACUGCAACACGAGCAGUGAUAGCAACAGCAUUCUCAAUCCCCCUGAUACUAAAACGAAGAAAUCUGAGCAGUCAAAUAAGGACAAGCCGCCUGGCAAAGAGAAGCAGACGAGCAAGGACAUCAAGGAAAAACAGCAAGUGGCAGCAAGCAAAGCUCCCGCCACCCCAUUGCAACCACUGGUACCGCACAGGCCGCACUGCAGCCAGGUCAGGACUAGGAGGUUGAUGAAGGAACUGCAGGAAAUUAAAAGGCUUGCUGACAAUUUUAUAACGGUGGAGCUGGCCGACGACAACCUUUUCGAAUGGAAUGUCAAGUUGCAUCAAGUGGACAGAGACUCUGCUCUAUGGCAGGACAUGAAGGAUACCAACACUGAGUACAUCUUGCUCAAUAUUUCAUUCCCCGACAAUUUCCCUUUCUCUCCGCCCUUCAUGCGGGUGUUGACCCCUCGGCUAGAGAAUGGCUACGUACUGGACGGAGGGGCUAUCUGCAUGGAAUUGCUGACACCCCGCGGCUGGUCUAGCGCAUACACGGUGGAAGCAGUAAUGAGGCAAUUUUCUGCGAGUCUGGUAAAAGGACAGGGCCGGAUCUGCAGGAAAGCUGGUAAGUCCAAGAAAUCUUUCAGCCGUAAAGAUGCAGAGGCCACCUUUAAGAGCUUGGUGAAAACCCACGAGAAGUACGGCUGGGUGUCUCCUCCUGUGUCUGAUGGCUGAUGCGGCAGUCUUUUUACCUUUCACAAGACUCAGAAACCUACCAUCGUCCUCAAUGCUGCACAUCUCCCAUCCUUUCUACUUUUAGUACUUUCAUCUAGGUGCCUUGGGGCACAUGGUGACAUUUAACUUAUUCAUGAGCAGAUGUGUUUACAGCUAAAUCUCGCCUAGUGGAUUGUGUUUCAGAACUGGAUAUGGCUCAUCGGAACCGAUAGCCCUGCUAAUGUCAAGUUUGUUCCCAUUCCUUCUACCUGACCCACAUCAUCUUGUGUGCGCUCGCUCUCCCUCAAUGCCAGCAACGUACCACACUGACUGGCAUCAACAUUUCCAUCCACCACUGCUCCUGUCAUUUAAAUGCAAAUGAAGCUGUUAAUAUUUGAUAGAUAGGCAGUGCAUCUGAGGUUCACUUUUUGCUGUGCUAUUUUUCACAGGUCACUGCAACUUGAAGAUUGUAAUUUAUGUGGAGCUGUGCUCUCUCUGUAUGUAUGUCUCUCUCUCUUUCUCUCUCUCGCUCGCUCUAUCUUGUGUGGCUAAAUUUAGAUCUCACUGUGUUGUGUAGAUGGCCAUUGAUUUCCUAUGACAAAAAAAAUGUUGCUUUUGUGGAGGUACUGUAAAGAUAAAAAUCAAUGACAGAUUAUCAUGGUUCUUUAUUGAUCCUAUCAUGUAUUUUGGGAAAGACAAGUAAUGUAAUUUGCUGAUGCUUUGGAUACCAGAUGUCUGCAUUGAUUAUAAGUGACCUGAGUGAGGGCAUAACAAGCAACAUUAAAAUGGUAUAAAUUAAAACCAAUGACAACAGAAAUGUUGUGGGUGAAGUUUGAAGACUCAGGUCAGAGAUUGAUAAAGGCCAGCUUUGGAUGCCUGUAUUCAUUUAAAAAAAAGUUAGUAAGAAGUAUUUUGCAUUGGUUUAUCUGCAGUGACCAUUGUUGUGUAAAAUUAUGAAACUGAAUUGCUCUGAGGAGGAUAUGCAUUCCAUAAACCGCUGCUAAUCCACACAAUUAACUUGAAUUCAAGACAGAAGGAGAAACCAUGACAAUGACUAAGAUGCUACUGUCACCUAAGGCUGCAAUACUGCAUGUUUCCAGUGUACACAACAUACUGUCGCACAAACGUUGAAGCCACUGUAUUUGCCUUUUAAUAUGAAAACUAUAAAAAUAAGUACCUGGGUUUCCUACAAUACAGGUAAAGCCCAAGCAGGCCCAUGGCUGAAGGUUUUCAAGGCUCCAGAAGUGUGCCUAGAACAUUUCCUUUGGUUGAAGAAACGGUUCAUUGAAUUGCUCAGGCAUUUAUUAUGAGUUGAAAGAGAUUUGAAAUAUUUCCUGCCUAAUGUCCAUCAGUAGCAAACCAAGAUCAAACCAUUUUGAACUGGUAUUCUGUCAGCACCAGUUCAGACUGUAGGCUGGCAGAAAUUGGUCUUUCCAAAUUUUCUAAAUCAAAGAAGGGACUGAUGUCUGGCAAUUAGUUCAAGAUUGGAUUGUAGGCCAUGAAUGGCACUGGCAGCAGCCAGUCACCUACUGAUAUUGAAAUGAGAGGAGAUCUACAUUUAGAACUCAGUUAAUGCUAUCAAAGGAUAUUUUUUGUUUACAAGUAGUUGAAUGAUAUUUGACUACAGCUAUAUGUUUCCAUCACAUGCAUCUUUGCAGAAUGACAUUUUAGGUGUAGUUUAAAUUACACCUACAACUAACCACAGCUGUCUUAACAAUUGACUUCCAUAACAUCUGUCAACAAACUACCUAACUGAUAUAACUGUAUACAACAUUAAGCAUGCCAUAUUGGUAACAAUUAGGAUUCAAUUCCUGUCAUGAGUAAUUACUAUUCAAAUAACUGAGGAAUUUUAUUUGUUAAUCCAUUUGAUUAUCUAAUCAGACAAAACAUGAAGCAUCAACCAUUGUAUGUAUGCACUGGCAGUACCAAAUAGGGAGGGAAUGUCCAACCCUUAAAGUAAUUUAGGAGAAACUCAAACAAGGAAAGCACUGCUGCCUCAAUUAAUACCGAAUGCUUGCAUUGCAGUACUGUACUGUGCUCUACUCUAUAUGACUUCCCACUCACCCAGACCUCCUGUUUAUUUAUUAUAAUGCCUGUAGUUGCCUUCAUUAAGUUGCAGAAUGUUGGCUUAGUAUGCCACGAAUACAGAGAGAGAUUACAUAGUAAUUGCAUAGUUUAUAUCAAACAGACAGAGCCACCUCUCUGCCUUGCUUCAUACCAGUGAUGGGUGAUCUCUCAUGAAAGAGCAGCAGGACACUCUUAUUCACGUGGGGCUGCAAGAGUCAUUAAAAUAAACAUCAAAUGGAAUGAAAUUCCAUUCAAUUCGAAGGUCAGACGUUUUGUGGUUGUCACAAGAAAAAGCUGUACUCGCAGUUCCAAAGUAUGCAGGCUAAUAGAUCAAACACUUGUUUGUGUGGCAGAGGGUUCCAUUGUCUCAAGGCAUUACCAGUUAGCUGACCAUCCAUGGCCCCUUCACUUGAUGUUACAGUGGGGAGACUGCACAUUUGACGUAUGCCUAAGUUGGUCUUGAACCAUUGUUUCUUCAGUCUAGUGUAGUUCUUUAGCCAAUUUACAGGAGGUUACUAAAAGAUUGUGUAAGCAUGAAUACAUUUGUCAGCCUAUAAUAACUAGAGUCUGUUACACCAAUUUGUUCAUGGACAGAGUUUUGGUAGCUAAAAAAAUAUAUUAAUCAAGUGUUUGGCAUCAUCAUCUGGUAUCUAAAUGCACAUUCUGCUGAAAUCACUGAUCAUGGUUUUUUUUUAUUUUUAUGUUUUGUACAGCCAGGCAUUUCAGAAUGGUUCUGUGUGAUUUUAAGAACCUGUGUUAUGGAAUAUUAUAAUGCAUUUAAUUAUAAUAAGUCAAAAUAUAAAAAUUGGGUGCUUGCUGAAUUAGGAACAUACCAUUUGUGAUAGACUUUAGAAUGAUAGUUUGCAGAAAAGAAAAAAAAAAUUAAUUGUCCAAACAAGUGAGAUGAUUUUGUUAUCUUGUAUCUGCAGGUGAUCAGUGAUUAUUCGUUUUCUUGUUUAAAGAAAAAUCAGCAGUUGCUUUUUUAUUUUAUUAUUAUUAUUAUUAUUUUUGUUUUAUUGUCCUGAGCUGUGUUCUGUCAUGUUGUAUUUUAUGACCUUUUGUGUUUUAAUUUAUUUGUGGUUUGCCAAAAUGAACUUUUUGACACGUCAACUGAUAGUAAAGAGGGGAAUUAUAUGUACCUGUACCUGACUGUAGUGUUCAUGGAAAAAAUUAGGUUAAGAACAUGCUGAAAUGAAACAGGGUUGUGCAAUAAAGUCAUAGGCAUAUACAUGA